AUGAUUCGCUCUUUCCUAAUCUCAAUCCUACUCGCUCUUGCGGCUGUGGUCCACUCCUACCCAGCGCAAUAUCCGAAAAUAACUGUUCUCGAUCUGACGUCUCGGAAUGCUGUUCAGCUUGAUACCAGGCAGGAGGUAUGCCCGUCCGGAGACCAGAGGCCGGUUUCAUUCGAAUUCUACGCCAGCGGCGCCAACUCAACCCAUGAACUCCUUCAGGACGCCCUCCAAGGUCUGCAAUCGUUCUUUGAGGAUCCCGACUACUGCUUGAAGGAUAUGGUCAGCAUCAGAGUACUCGACCUUACAAUCGCUUCGUUCAUCGGAAAAGGAGUUGCCAAGUCAUCUGUCAAGCCAAUUUUCAGCCAACUGAAGGAGAAGAUCAGUAGCCUCGGCAUGGUCCACGGAACUACCAUGCAGCUCUGUGGAAACGGCCGGACCUCGGAACACACAGUUGGUAUCACGAUUGACACGUCCGGGAAAGCUACUGCCACUGAAAAGAUUCAGCGAGCUUGGGGCAGAGGGGAGUGUGCUGAGGUUUCUGGGUCGGUGACCUCUACAAUGAAAAUAACUAUUGAGGAAGCUGCCGUGGCCGAAACCACUCAGAUUUGA